UAACUAACUUUUGUGUUGAAAUAAGUUUGGUCUGGCUUUGGAUAACGGCGUUUUUAGAGAGAAAUUUCUAAUGGCGAAUAAUGAAAAGAAUGAAACAUGUUCGAAGGGAUUAAAUGAUAGGAUACACAGAAGUCAUCUACAGGCAUUAAUGGGUCGGACUGUUUCAGGUGCGGAUCAGACUUCGGGAGAGCAGGAUCAAAAUCAGGGGAGGCAACCAAAUACAAAAGUACCUUUGCCACCAAGACGGAAAGGACAGAUAACUCCUAAACGACACACAAGGGAAAUGGAAUUUCUGCACGAGAAAAAGGAUUAUAAUGUGGCAGAGUUUUAUGAACAUUUUCACAACGACCUACCGAAGACAGUCAUGGUCAACCAGGGGUUCUGUGGGGAAAUCGUUGAAGAUACCUUCGACAGAGAACAGGUUCUUCGUGUUCAUGCAAUAUCCAAACAGAGACGGGUUAUAGCCAAGUUUCAGUAUGGAAGCCACUCUAGAAUGAUCAGUAUUCCGGUGACGUACGAGGAAAAUCUAUGUGUUGUAAAGCAGGGAGGAAAACAUGGGAAACCAAAACAGAUGUACACAAUACUAAAGGAAAACACCCUACCGUUGACCGUACAGUUUCCCAAGGAUCACUCGAUAGCAGUUGGCAGUCAGACAGUCAGCACCAACAAUAUCCCGUGCAUGGAGCUCGUGCAAACAUUCGACGAAGUAUAUCUCCUGUCCAAUUUCAUUACUGACGGCGUGAUGAGCCAAGAAGUGGUGCACGUGCCGCUGUAUUUGUCACAGCUUCGACUGGCACUGAUUACAGGGAUCAAAGGUCAGCCUAAAGAAAAGUGGACUGGUUACCAACAAGAGUUAGAUCGUGCAGCAGCAUAUAUCGAGUUUGAUCAAGAAUUUGGAAAUCCAAAUAUUGCCGAAUAUGACCCAAGCGCAAUCCAUUCAGAUACAACAUAUUCUUACGUUGAGCCGAAAGUUUAUUCGAACAUCGUAAGCCUCGUUCAUAAGUCGCCUUUUCGGUCGUUUGACAACGCAACCUAUAAUCCCGAACAACAUCGCCAGGAUGAAGGUCCUAGUGUCUAUGAAGAGAUUGACAACACAGCCAGAGAUGAUCACGGCAAACAUGAUAAGCAUAACAAACACAUGAAGCCACACGUAAAUACGGCGUUCCAGAAGGAGUUGGAUUUGGCCAUGAAAUCGGAGGUUCCUCAAGACUCGACACCACAAUUAACUUCAUUUAAACCACAACCGCAGAAAACUGGUGCCCCUCCUCCUUUGGCCCCAAAACCCCACGUUUCUCAUACAGUUCCAGAACCAGAACGCAACACCAAUUCUAAUUCCGCACCAUCGCUCCCAGAGAGGAAGGCAAUUCCAGAAGAACAUAAAUCCGCCCCUACAUCGGCCACUAAGAAGGCUUUGUAUUACAACGACGUUCCGAGAACUACGAUUUCGCCUACAAAGCAUGUAGCAAAAGAAAGCGAACUAAAAUCUCCCCCUGCAGAAGUAAGAAAAAUUGUCCGGGAAGUUAAAUGCCCUGAGGAUAUCAGUAAACUCACUAUUGACGAAGUGUCGGAGUACCUGAAAAAGCUUAACUUAGAAAAAUAUGCAGACAACUUUAAACGUGAACAAAUUGAUGGUCCUAUGCUAGCUGAUUUGGAUAGGAAUAUGCUGAGAGAAGAUUUUGGUAUGAAGGGUGUCGAGGCACUGAGACUCAUAAAAUUUGCCAAAGAGGGCCAUUUGCCAACUUAAAAAUAUUGAUUCAAAACCGUGAGCACAAUACAAAUUGGAAAGUAUAAAUUGUAAAUAUACAAUAUGUUUGUUUCGAAUAAACUACAGGCAAUGACUAUGAAAUGAUGUUCAAUUUCAUAUUUUCAAGAAUUCAUUGAGUUAUACAACUAACAGAUACGUUCUUUGUUCAUGACGUAGUUUAACACUUUUAGAUAUAUAAAUCGAAUAAUUUCCAUGUAGAAAAAACAUGACAUAUUGGACGCUUAAUCUAAUGUCUGGUUUACAUUAAGAACAACCGGUCACCCAAAAGUGCUAUGCGUGAGUACGUAAGCUGUCAGAUUAACUGAACAUAUUUAAAUUCUAUGCUUUAUUUUUUUGUCAGAUUAGUUCAUCAGUUGGUUUGUUGAACUUUUGACUUGCUUUGCCGGGCUGUCAGUUUAGAUGCAUUGCGAUUUUCAAGCAUUAAAUGUAGCAAAAGCUCUAGUGUGCCCCUUCGAUACAGGCGAGUCUUUCGCUUUCUGAUUAAAGGUACUUAAAAAGGAUAAUAAUCAAUUCAAUCAGAUAAAUAAGUCAUAUUCAA